GAAGAACCAUGGCUUUGAUGUCCUUUAUCACAACAUGAAGCAUGGGCAGAUCUCGGUCAAAGAAUUGGCGGAGUUUGUGCGGGAGAGGGCGGCUGUGGAAGAGGCCUACGCCAAGUCCAUGGUGAAGAUGUCAAAGGUGGCCGGCAACAGCACCCAGCUGGGGACUUUCGCUCCCCUCUGGGAAGUUUUCCGCAUCUCCUCGGAUAAGUUGGCGCUCUGCCACGCGGAGCUGGUCAAGAAGCUGCAGGACCUCAUCAAGGAGAUCAGCCGCUACGGGGACGAGCAACUGCGUGCCCACAAGAAGUCAAAGGACGAGGUGGCGGGCACCUUAGAAGCGGUCCAGAUCCUGCAAGGCGCCGCUCAGCACCUCCCUAAGGUCAAGGAGAGCUUCCACAGCCGUUAUCAAGAGCUGGAGCGGCUGCGCCGGGAAGGGGCCAGCCAGAAGGAGAUCGACAAGGCUGAGAUGAAGUCCCAGAAGGCGGUGGAGACCUUGCGGCGGGCGGUGGAGAAAUACAACGCAGCGCGGAACGAUUUUGAGCAGAAGAUGCUGGAUUCGGCCGUGCGUUUGCAGGAGGUGGAAGAAUCUCACCUGCAGCAUAUGAAGGCCUUGAUCAGCAACUAUGUCCACUCGGUGGAAGACACCCAUGUCCAGAUCGGGCAGGUCCACGAGGAGUUCAAGCAGAACAUGGAGAACAUUGGGGUGGACACGCUGCUUUGCAACUUCGCCGAGAGCAAAGGGACCGGUUGCCACCCGCCCGGGCCACUGGAUUUUGAAGAGCUCAGCACAAUGCCAGCGCAGGCAGCAGGGCCCAAGCGCACCCGGAGUAAAGCCUUUCGCAUCCCUGGGCUGAGUCGCAAAGAACGUGAGCGGGACUCCGUGGAGUCCCCCGAUGCAGAUACAGGGCCCCCCGAAGUUGAUGAGGAGGGGUUUACAGUUCGGCCUGAAACGGAUCGGAACGGCGACACCGGCCGCCGGCUGUGCUCUUCCAGUGACUCGGACUAUGACGACGAGGAACCCCACAAGUUUUACAUCCGGAUCAAGCCCGUCCAGCCCCGGGAGAGAGUCAGCAGCGCCACCGCCGUGGAGCAGCUGAAGGCAUCCGUGGGCAACCUCAUCUUGCCACCCAGCGUUGGGUGCACGAUGAAAAGGCAUCCGUCCCGACAUUUGAAAACUUUUGCCUCUUCUGGGGUGGAAACCGACUCAGACUCGGGCCCAGGGGACAAAUCGAGGCAGACGCAGACGCCCCAGCUCGCCACCCGGAGCAGCAGCUGCGAGAGCAAAGCCGAACCCGACGCCCUGCCGGCCAGCGCCCUCUUCGGACCCCCGCUGGAAUCAGCCUUCGAAAACGAAAACUUUGCAGCUCCUCCGUCGUACCUUUUGGCCUCCAGCCCAUCCCCCUUUUCCUCUUCCUCCCCGGAGAACGUGGAAGAUUCCGGCCUGGACUCCCCCUCCCACUUGCCCUUCGUCCUGGAGGCCAACAGCCGCCGUGGGUGGGUGGCCAGGCCCCGGAGUCCCGUUUCGGAUGGACCUCCGCGAGUCCCCGGCGAGCGGGACAGCUGCCUCUCCUCCAACUCGGCUUCCUCCUCUUCCUCUUCCCCGGCACCCCCCAGCAGCGGCGACUCCACCAGCCCCUCCCCCUGGGGCCCCCGGGUCCGCGACUUGGAAAACCGGACGCCCUCCAUUCCAGAGGUCUCCUCUUCGGAGCCAGCUUCCUUCCCGCCGUUGUCCACCUCUGGCUUGACCCCCAUGAUGGCUCCGUCCCGGCGCAGCCGUGCCAAGAAACCCUUGGCCGUUUCAGCCCCCACCGUCGGUGGGGAGACGCCUCGCUCGCUCAGCCCCUCCCCGCUCUGGGCGCUUUCCACCCCACAGAGCUCGGCCAGCUUGACGGAACGCACCUUCUUCAUGGCCACGCAGCCAGGAAUUGGCGUCUCUCGCGGGCCGUCGCCGGUGGUCUUGGGCUCUCAAGGGGGGCUGCCUGUGGCCACGGCCUUCACUGAAUACGUCCAUGCCUACUUCAAGGGACACCAUCCAGACAGCUGCCUGGUCAAGGUCACGGGCGAGCUCACCAUGUCCUUUCCGGCCGGGAUCCUCCGGGUGUUCAGCAGCAGCCCGACACCUCCGGUCCUGAGCUUCCGUCUCCUCCGCACGGCUGCCAUCGAGCAGUUCCUUCCCAACACCGACCUCCUCUUCAGCGACCCUUCCCAAAGUGACCCCAGCAGCAAAGAUUUCUGGUUGAACAUGGCUGCCCUCACAGCACACCUCCAGCGCCAGGCGGAACAGGCCUCGGCUGCCCCUUACUACAACGUCCCCCUGCUCCGAUAUCAGUACUCCAAGCAAGGCCACGCGUGGGCCCCCCUGCAGCUGUCAGUGAGCUGGGAGUGCACCCCGGGCGCCACCCGGGUGUGCGUGGACUACAGCUACAACGCGGCCGCCCUUGCCUCAGCCGUCACCCUCUCCAACGUCCAAGUCCUCCUGCCGAUCGAGGAACCGGCCGUCAACGUUCAGCCGCAGCCCAAGGCUUGCUGGAACGUGGAAGAGAAGCGUCUUCUCUGGCAGCUACUGGAGGUUCCCGGCGUCCAGAGCCAGGGAGGAUCCGGCCGUCUCCUGGCCACCUGGGAACCUUUGGAUGGCCUCAGCAAGCCCAGCCCGGUGGCCGCCCAGUUCACGAGCGAGGGGACCACCAUUUCCGGGGCUGAGGUGGAACUGGUGGGCCCUGGGUACCGGAUGUCGCUGGUGAAGAAAAGAUUCGCCACAGGAAUUUACCUCGCAGGUUCCUGAAACCACCGUGCCCGCCGCCCGCCCCCCCCUCGGUUGGCUGCUGCUUGUUUGUCUUUGUUUUUAAAAGUGUGCCGGGAGAUGGAAAGAAUAUAUUUGUGGGUUCUUAAAUUAUUAUUCUAAUUAUUGUUGUUGUUGUUAUUAUUCUUGCCUGGAUUUUAAACACGGGAGUUGGGGUGGGGUGGGAGGAAGACCGGUGCUUGGAAGAAUCUGGUGACGCCUCAAGACGGAGAAGCUGAUGCACGUCGUUUGAAGGCGCCCCCCCCACCACCACCACCGGAAGCCCAUCGGUGGAAAAAAUGACUCUAGACCACCCUGGAAGGAAAGGAGACCUCAUCUUUUUUUAAUUUUCAGUUUCCUGUCAUUAGUUUGUCUGCAAACCUUCUCUGUUUUUGCGGGGUGGAGGGGUAAGUACCUUCGGCACUGCUAUCGCCUGCACAAGACGCAAGGAAGGAUCACCCUGUGUUAAUUGUGUGUUUUUUUUCCAAGCGGCUAAGAAAUCCACCUGUAAGAAUGUUGCUCUUUUAAUAAAACACUUGGGUUUUUUUUCUAAUUAAAAUCCCAAACCCUCA